AUGUUUUCAGAUCUUCUAAGCAUACCAAAGCGAGAUCUCAGUGAUAAUGAAGAAGUCACACCAUUACACAAUGCCGUCAAAAUGGGGAAUACCGUAAUGGCAAAAAAUUUCAUAGACUCAAAGUCAAUGUGGAUUGAUGAGCCGGAUAUCAGAGGCCAAACAGCUCUGCACUUGUCGAUUACUUAUGGUGACACUGAAAUGACUUCCCUUCUUCUGAAAGGUGGAGCUAAUGUAGAUGCAGCAGACCAUGAUGGGACAACAGCUUGUCAUAUAGCAUGUAGAGAUGGUAUGAUUGAUCAUUUCAACCUUCUUAUUUACUAUCAUGCGGACAUCUGUUCUGUGGAUAGAGCUGGAAGGACACCGUUUGAUUUAGCUUGUGAACAAGGACAGGAGAAGAUGUUGGAAAGAUUGUUUAUUUGUGGUUUAAAGAAAAUUAACUUCCAAUGUAUGGACUACUUUCAUACUGCGUCUGCACUACAUCUUGCAGCAGAUAGUGGUCAGGUUCAGGUUGUUUCCUUACUACUCGACAAUAACUGGUACUUGAAUUUCACCUCUGAGAGCGGGUCGGCACUUCAUAUGGCGGCAGGGUCUGGUCAAAUACAAGUUGUGCGGUUUUUAUUAAAAACUGGAAUCGACGCCACUAUAACCAAUUCAGAUGGGCUGACAGCUUACGCAUGGGCCAAAAAAAAUAGUGGCCGGAAUCCAAUAACAUACAAGGAGAUCCGGUUUCUGCUAAAAAACUUCCACACGUUUACCAAUGCGAUAGCUGUUGAAGACUAUUGUGGUGUCGAAGCAAACGAGCUGAGCUUAUCAAAAGGUGACCAAGUGUGGGUUAUAGAACGUCGUACUUCGGAAGUUUGGAAGGGAAUUGUGUUUGGACGGAAAGGAAAUUCGCGGAGCGGAUUUUUUCAAUCAAGAGUUAUUGAAGAGCAGAAAGAGACAAGAGAUAAGAACGAGGAGAUUCUUACGACGCCAAAGAUUGAAACAAGAAAAAAUCAUAACAAAAUGAGCUCACGUAUCGCCAAAAGCCAGAAGAACCCAACGUCAACCUUCUCCAAGCAAGCCUCGAUCCCAGUUGUCCCGCGUAGAAGUUGCUCCACUAUACAGUAUCAUGAUAUCAACCGCAACACGCCCACUCAAAUGACUUCAUUCGGACGGACGGCAUCAUGCUACGGCGAUACGAAUAAUCUGAAACCGAAUAAUGCGAUGACGAAAUCCACAUCCGGCUCAUUUGGCUCCGACUCCUUUCAUGUAUUCAACAAUGGCAGUCGCACCUCCACGCCUAAUCCAUCCAACAUGUAUAACUCGUCUUCAUGCUUGUAUCCGGCCAAAGUUGAGAACCAUUACGCUUCGAUUGGCUCGAGUUCAAGUCAGAGCAGUUCCGGGUUUGAAAGUGCCAAGUGUUCCGCAUCCACAUCUGCUUCAUCAUUCCCGUCGGCUGGCCAAAGCAAUGAAUCUGGUUGUGAAUCUGCUCAUAGCGUCCGUUCAGUGGAAAGUGGUAGUGGGUCCUCAUCGUCAAUUCAUGGAUUGGACGAUUCUCUUUAUCGCUCGACUCACGAGGUGGACGUGACCGGAAUGGUACAAAGCGGUGUCCCACAUGCGGAAAUCUUGGCGAAUUGGUUGGAUAGUAUCAAUAUGAAUAGUUAUUUGGCAGUGUUUUUGAAGCAGGGAUAUGAUCUACAGACUAUUGCUCGCUGCACACCCGCAGAUCUACUAAGUCUCGGAAUCAAAAACCCGGAUCACCGCAAGAAACUCAUUAAUGACAUCCAUAGUUGGAAAAUUAUGGACCAAUGGCCAUCAGUUGUUCCGAACAACAGCUUGAGGGAUCUUUUGGAAUUGCAAUGGGAGGAUUUUGAGGAUAUUGGAGUGAAACGAUUGGGACACUUGAAGAGAUUUGGGUUGACUAUCAAGAAAUUAAAAGACCAUCAACGUCUAGCGGCCAGCAGUCUCCACCCAUCGCAAUACGCUGUUCACUCCAACCCCAGCAGCUACCAUGUCCCACAAACCUAUGGAUACUCAACCAUGACUGCUCCUCAGAGACAACAGUCAGGAACAACCUUCCGAAGCAAUGAUCCUCCACCUCCAGCACCAUCGGCACCAAAUCGAUCUCUGCGUGCCAGCAGUGACAAGAUCGAUUACUUGAGCUACCAACAGAACAACUGGAAAUCAGCGACAACGCUGCCGGAGGCACCUCCAAAACCGAUAUUCCUGUCGUCAAAGCCGAAAAGUACAUCAGAUUUACUAUUCGGGGAUGACACACCAAUUCGGUUGAACUUGGUAUCUACUGGAAAGAUAUUGAGUGAUAUUAGCAAGCUGAAAAAAGAUGAGGAGGAAGAUCAAGAAUUGGAUGACCCGAAUGAAUGCCCACCGCCUCCAGCACCUCUUCACUGCAAUGUUGGAAUGCACCAUAUCUCAUCGAGCAACCUGUCGUCAUUCAACUCUUCCCUCAGCCAUGAUCAGUUCCCGUUUGCGAAUGAGAAUUGUGGAACUAUAAGGUACUCAUCGGGUCGUCAAACCAAUGCGUUCGACGUGCCAACUUCACUGCCGCCACUAAUAUCCGAUGAUCAUGGAAGUGAAUCAUCUAUCGGUAGUUCCAGUAAAGCUCCAACAAUUGAUGAGAUGCUUCAGGACAUCCAGGGAGCCAUGGAUAACUUGAUAUCUCCGACUUCUACGUUGAGGAAAUAA